AUGGUGACGUCCGACGUGGGUGAAUCUAGUCUUAAUCUUGGCCGACUUAACCGUUAUAUUUCAUCAUUAUCUAUCUAUCUAUCUAUCUAUCUAUCUAUCUAUCUAUCUCAUCUUAUUUAUAACCACAACCUGAAAUCUGCAACCAUUAACCUUGCCGAGUUAGCCCUUAUAUUUCAUCAUUAUCUAUCUAUCUAUCUAUCUAUCUAUCUAUCUAUCUAUCUAUCUAUCGGUUCAUUAUCUAUCUAUCUAUAUAUCUAUCUAUCAUUCGGUUCAUUAUCUAUCUAUCUAUCUAUCUAUCUAUCUAUCAUUCGGCUCAUUAUCUAUCUAUCUAGCAUUUGGUUCAUUAUCUAUCUAUCUAUCUAUCUAUCUAUCUAUCUAUCUAUCUCAGUCUGUUCAUUUUCUAUCUAUCUAUCUAUCUAUCUAUCUAUCUAUCUAUCAUUCGGUUCAUUAUCUAUGUAUCUAUCUAUCUAUUUAUCGGUUCAUUAUCUAUCUAUCUAUCUAUCUAUCUAUCUAUCUAUCGAUCUAUCUAUCAUUCGGUUCAUUAUCUAUCUAUCUAUCUCUCUAUCUAUCUAUCUAUCUAUCUAUCGGUUCAUUAUCUAUCUAUCUAUCUAUCUAUCAUUCGGUUCAUUAUCUAUCUAUCUAUCUCAUCCUGUUUAUAUCUAUAUCAGCCUAUCUAUAUCUCUAUGUCUCAUCUAUUUAUAA